GAAGUAAACUCGAAGGGGUGCAUAUAAGCAGUGACACGGAGUCUGCUUCCGAUUCCGAGCCGUCGUAUGCCGAAACUUCGCCAAUAGUCGACAGGAACGCGGUUUCAGCUCCAGCCGAGAUCUACGGCCAGCAACCAGAUCAAAAUGAACAAGCUGAGCAUCAAGCUAAGGAUUUAAGGCUGGACCCUCCCGUCGAUGCUACUAAAUGUGUCGCAUGUACAACGUCCCACGCCGAUCUUGUAACACUUUCCUGCGACCACGUCAUGUGUUCUAGCUGCGUCACAGCAGGGCUGAACAUAGUCGGAGAAAAGCCAUUUUCAUGCGCGAAAUGCCUCAAGCCGGUAGAGCGUUUCACGUUCACUAAGUCCUCAAACGGGGGACAUGCAGCACUCCAUACCGUCCAUGAGAGUGUUUGUAGCGACUCACAACACCAAUCUCUGUCCAACCUCGCUGUGGAUCCGCCAAAUGCCAUGUCUGCUCCUGCUGGACUCUCUGCCUUGGAGGUGGAUGAAAAUGGCCUUUCGGUUUUAAGGCUUGAUGAUGUUCCCUGGAAUGUAACACCUGCAAUGCUGAGCGACUGGUCUGGGGUUCCAAUUGCCCAUGCUCAUGUGCUUCUGAAUGAUGAGGGCAAAACGUUGAAUCACGCAUAUAUUGAAGUACCACCACAAUCAGCCCACGAGGUCCUCUUGAAGUGUCGCAACAAAGUGCUCGGAAGUGGCAAGAGAGCCAGAAAAGUUACCAUUACGUUUAGUUCCCAGUCCGAACUUAUGAGAUACCUUUUCCCAUCCUGGAUGGGCGACUUCUCUGGAAACCAACCUACUGUAGCAAAUGUAGAUUCGAAGUGCCUCCCUGCUGCUAUCUUCAAUGGAAUUCUUACAGCGAAAGACCUCCAGACUUUUCACCGCCUUGUUUUUCAUCCAAAUCCACGAUGCGUGAAAGACCCAUCCCUCCCUUUCUUCGUUCUCGUCAGUGUUAUCAACAAAUUCCCCACCGACGACAAUAGUCGUAUUUUCUGGAAUUUUUCCACAAGAGACGUGCUUUUCAAUCUCGCUUUUAUCAGCAUCACCCGACUAUCAAAACGCUCAUAUUAUUGGUCUAAUAGAGUUAUCACAGCCCUGGCUGGCGCCCUCCUCACCUGUCCUAUCUUCACGACGCAACAAGUUAACCAAGUCCGAGAACUUUUCGAACCGACCCACUCUUCUUCUGAAUCUUCUUUUAUAUCAACGCCUGCAUAUUCUGAGCAUCGUGAACCGUCUCCAAUGAUUUAUCACCCUGCCAAUGGGCAGUACCACUGGUCUCCAUAUGACACUAUCGCUCGCGACCUUGGCCUGGAGCCUCACGUCGUCCAAGCGGUGUGCCAGCGUCUCACCCAGACUUAUAUAUGAUCCAUUGACUAAUAUGUUCUACAUUGCACGUCCUUUCUUUUUCUCCUUCUCGUCACACUUGCAAGCUCCAAACGAAUUUAUGUCUGCAUUCCCAUUUUCUUUCCUCAUCUCGAAGAUCCACUUCCAUGCACCUUUAUUUCUGCAUCUCCAGUCGCAGCUCUACCUGCAAAAGCAUACCUCGCAAGCAUUUUCCCUAUAUUUCUGAUUCGAUAGAUGAUGCGGCCAUCAGUGUACACAUUAGUUUGUCCCCUCAUCUCCCACAUUCAAACUACCCAAAUGACAACUCGUACCAUGCAGCCAUCUGUGCGCAAUGUGCUUGCAAUUGAAUUACUAGUAU